UUCCGGGCUGCUGGGGAGGGGGACAGAACAGCUUCUCUCCUCCCUCUUCCCCAGCCACCUGUCCUCUAGACAGAAAAGGCAGCGCCCGGAGCGCAGAGGGAAGCGCGCCGAAGCCUGAGCUGACCCGCCUCCUGGAGCUCUUUUCCACGCGCCCGAGCAGUCGGGAGCUGCUCUGGCCUCGUGGGCCACACCCCCCACGCUGCCAGACCACGCCCCCGGAACGCAAGGGCCAGCCCACUCCGCCGGAGCCCGAAGCGGCCAUGGGGACGCCGAGCGGCCCGGGGGAGGGGUGCCAGCCGGUACCGGAGUGCGACGCGGAGGACCGGCCCCAUGGGGCUACGCAGCCCCAGGUGCACGCGGGGGACACCCACAAGCCGGAGGCGCCCGAGGUCCCCGAGGCCCCCGAGGAGCCCCAGAGAGUGAAGGAGCUUCCCAGCGGCCGAGGAGCUGAGCAGCAGGCUGAGGAAGAGGAAGAAGUGGGAGAAGGCAGCAGCACGGAGAGCAGCCGCGACGCGGGGGAGGCUCCGCCCCCAGCACAGAUCCCGGCCACGGCCCCCGCAUCCACCCAGCCUGGAGAGAAGGUGCGAGGGGCCGCGCGGCGGCUUCGAGAGCAGCAGCUGGAGGCACUGACCCGCGUGGCCCUGAUGGAGCAGCGAGUGAAGGAGCUACAGCGCCAGAGGAAGGAGCUGAGGAUCGAGAUGGAGGUGGAGGUAGCCCUUCUGCGGGGUGAGCUGGCUGGGGAGCGAGUGGCUGCCCGGCGCGAGGAGGAGCAACUCCGGGAGCUGCUUGGACAGCAGGUGGAAACGGAGCAGGGCAGCCGGGAACAGCGGGAACAGGAACAGAAGCAACUGAGCCAGGAGCGGGAUCGGGUGGAGGCUCUUCGCCAGCGACUCCAGGAGGCCCAGGGACAACUCGACUCACAGCCAGAGGACCAGCGUGAGCGACUUCUGCAGGGGGUGCAGGAGAUGAGGGAACAGCUGGAUGUGGCCCAGCAUGCCUACGAGGACCUAGAGUUCCAGCAGCUGGAGCAGGAGAGCCGGCGGGAGGACGAGGACCGGGACAGCCCUGGGGCCCGGGCACUGGACCCCAAGGUCCGGGAACUUCAGGCCAGCGUGGCGCAGCACAGGCGCCGGAUCCAGGUCUUAGAGGAGCAGCUCAAGGCGCUGGGGGAGCAGAUGGCAGCUGAGAGCAGGGGGCUGAGCCAGAAGAAGGAGGAGGCCCUUGAGGCCCUGACGCAGGAACGGAGCCGACUGUUCCAGCUUAACUGCCUUCAGGGAACCCCUGGAGGGGACUUCUCUGAGUCCAGCCAGGCCCUCACUAAGCUCCUGUUCACCCAGAAGACAGACCGCCAGCUGCUGGUGCUGCAGGACCCCGCCGCCCACACCGCCACUGCCACUUCUUCCUGCCUCUUCUCUGUUCACAGCUCUCUGCAGGGCUCCAUCGGCCUCCAGAGGACUGGAAGCCUGCCCCGGAAGAGGGGAGAGAGAGCGAGCCAGAGGGGAUCCCCCCGACCUCUAUCCCUCCACUGUACUGGACCCCUGCAGGCCUCGGCCCUCCCAGCAACAUCGGAAGACUCUGGAAGACACCCACUCUAUCAGCUGCUGAACUGUGGCCCUGGGAACAGCUGUGGGGCCCUCCACCCAGACAUCGCCCGCAUGGAGCGGCUCCUGCAGCAAGCUGUGGCGGAAAGGGAGCGACUGCUCAAGGCCAGGGAAGGGAUGAGAAGAAGCACAGAAGGUUCCUCAGGCCCUGUUGUACCUGCCAUCAUGGCCCCGCCCACGCCCCCACCCCGCCCCCCAGGCCCCCGGGUCUUGGAUCUCAGGCAGCACCUGGAACGCUGGGGCCACAACCCGGAGAACUGCCCGCACGUGAGGGUGUCGGGGGGCUGCUGCCGCGGAUCCCUGGUGAAGAUGGGCGGCCGCAUUAAGACCUGGAAGAAACGGUGGUUCUGGUUUGACCGCCAGGCGCGCCGCCUGGCCUACUACGCCGACAAGGAAGAGACCAAGCUCAAAGGCGUCAUCUACUUCCAGGCCAUAGAGGAAGUCUAUUACGACCACUUACGCUGUGCCUUCAAGAGCCCCAACCCUCGCCUGACGUUCUGCGUGAAAACCUACGAACGCCUCUUCUACAUGGUGGCACCGAGCCCCGAGGCCAUGCGCAUUUGGAUGGACGUCAUCGUGACCGCCGCGGACGAGAAUCACGCCCCCUGAGGGGCCCCGCCCUCCCGGGGGGCGUACUGGCGAGGCUCCGCCCCCGCCCCGCCCGCGGCCUCGCCUGCUGUCGAAAAGCCGCGGGCCCGCCCCUUCGGAACUUCCGGGAAUCCUGCAGGUGCCGCGGCUCGGCGGGCCCGAGCCGCGGCGUUUGGGGCUGCAGGUGCCUUCCCGCUACGGGAAGCCAGCCUCAGGGGCCCUGCCCAGGGCAGGAGGAAGAUUGCAGGGGCGGGAAGGAACUAUUUAUUGGUGCUCCUGUGAUACCGAAUUAAACACGGAGGAAAACAGUGA